CGGGAAACAAUGUGCGGUAGUCUCAUCACUUUGCCUUGUAACCCAAGACGAAUACAAGUUGAUAUAUUUAUAGGACUAGUAAACUGUCAUUGUUCACAUAAAAUCCUCACAACUUGGAGAUAUUAACCUCUACUCCUAGCCUUGUAGUAAGCAAGUGAACAGCGAAUCAAACAUGGGAGACAUUGAACAACCCCUCAAACUACGCUCAUUGGGAAGAUCUGAACAGCUUUCGGCAGUCUCUCACGCCCUAGGUUUUUUCAACAAUGUAGGCUUAUCUGCACACUACUUAGUAUCCGAAAAUGCUGCUCAGUAUGACCUACAACGCAUUAUUUACGCUGCAUUGGCACAUGUAAUACAAGAACACACCAUUUUGUCAGCCAUUCCUGUCGACGAAGACUCUCCAGAUUCGUACUGGGUCCAGCUGCCGACGAUCGAUCUCGCACGCUCCGUUACUUUCUUGACUCGAGCACGGCCACUGGAAGAGACUGGAGAAGACUCCGAGCUCGAUGAGAUACUUCAAGAACAACACAAUAUAGACUUCAAGUCCGAUUACGGCACCCUGCCAUUCUGGCGCUUGGUAAUUCUCCGAGAUGCAGAGAAUGAGCUCAGCUUCACUGCCUCAUUCAUUUUCUACCACGGCAUCGGCGACGGCGCAGCCGGCCUAGUUUUCCACAAAUCCUUCAGCGAAGCACUAAAUGCAGCUUCCUCAUCAAGCGAAUCCUUGUCAAACACUGCCACACUCGUCCACUCCUCACCCGACGCCCGACUCCUCCCAACCCUCGAACAACUACACCCACUCCCCCUCAACCCAAAUCCAGUCGACCACCACACUCAAGGCCUCCAAGAAUGGACUGGCGAUUCCAUCCGCCUCCCCUGCCAAACCCACUGCCGCACACUCUACCUCUCUCCCACCUCCUCCACCGCUUUCGUGCAAAAAUGCAAGUCAAACAAUCUAUCCGUCACAGCCGGUCUCCAAGCAACCCUCGCCCACUCCCUCUUCGACACCCUCCCACCAACCACAGAAGCACUCACAGGCAUCAUACCCAUCAACCUCCGCCCCUGGCUCAACCUCCCCGCAACCACCGCCACAAAUGCAAUUGGCAGCUUCAUCGACGCUAUCAAAGUGCAAACACCGCGUUCACACUUUGCCACUGAGUCGACAGACACAGUAUCUGGACUGCCGGCUGCACGUCACACUGCAGACGCGAUAUCCAAGUAUCUAACCAGCAACCCCUCACCGUCAGGUGAGCCCUACACUUCUGUCGCAUUUUUCGGCGCAAUACCCGAUGUCGCUGUUGCGUUUAAGAGUAUGAUCGGGGCGCCGCGGGAUGCCGCGUUUGAGAUUUCGAAUGUUGGACAGUUCGCAGGUAGUGCGGGGGAUGAGGAGGCGGCGAAGUGGCGCGUGGGUAGGAUGGUAUUUAGUCGUAGUGCGGUGGCGUUUGGGGCUGCACUGAAUACGAGUGUUGUAUCUGGUGCGGAUGGGGGGUUGACAAUUGGGUUUUGUUGGCAGGAGGGGGUGCUGGAGGAUGGGUUUGUGGACGGGGUUGUGAAGGGGUUCGGGGGAUAUUUUGAGUCCGAGGGGUUUUAGCACGAGAGUUACUGGGAAUAGUUGGAGUGGAUAGAUUGGUAUGAAGGAAUGUAGAAAGGUUUGUGCAUCCUUGAGUGUUGGUGUAGGUUACAUGGUUUUCUUAGAUUCGGGAUGUUGUAGGGGGAGUGGUAUCAAAACAGCCCGGAUAGUGCUGAUCGUAAGGAGCAAUAGCAACAAUAUACCAGCCAGAGUUUAAUAUGAGAGCAGAGAGGGAUAACGCAAUCUUCUUGUUCUCAGACCUUAUCAUCUCACUGUGC